GACAACUUCUGCAAACCAGCUACAAGCAAGUGAAGAAUGAGAAAGCCAAACAGCCGCUGUCAGAGUGAGAGAAACAGCAGAGACACAAUAAAACGUCAGGAUGAGCUCCGAGGUUUUCUCCUACCGGAGUCUGGUGCACGCGCUGUCCGGAGCGGUGGGAAGUGUGACUGCCAUGACAGUGUUCUUCCCUCUUGACACCGCCAGGCUCAGGCUUCAAGUGGAUGAAAACAGGAAGGCCAAAUCAACCCCAGCCAUUCUGGCAGAAAUUGUCAAAGAGGAAGGACUUCUCGCUCCUUACAGAGGUUGGUUCCCGGUCAUCUGCAGCUUGUGCUGCUCCAACUUCGUCUACUUCUACUGCUUCCACAGCCUGAAGGCGAGCUGGCUGAAGGGAAAUCAGUCUGCAGCCAGCACGGACUUGAUCAUAGGAAUCGCUGCAGGUGUUGUCAAUGUACUGGUCACCACUCCUUUGUGGGUGGUCAACACCAGACUGAAGCUUCAGGGUUCCAAGUUUCGCAAUGCAGACAUCCGGCCCACUAACUACUCUGGCAUUCUGGAUGCGUUUGUGCAGAUCAUCCGUGACGAGGGCGUAGGAGCUCUGUGGAACGGCACCUUCCCGUCCCUGCUGCUGGUGCUGAACCCCGCCAUCCAGUUCAUGAUUUAUGAAGGCUUGAAGAGGCAGCUGAGGAGAGGAGUUCCCAGGGAGCUUUCUGCUGCUGAAGUCUUCAUCAUCGGCGCUGUGGCCAAAGCUGUGGCCACCACUGUCACAUACCCGCUGCAGACCAUACAGUCCAUUCUGAGGUUUGGUCAAUUCAACGAGUCGACAUGUGAGUCCAAACUACUGUCCAGCCUUCGGAUUAUCAAGUGUCUGCUGGUCAACAGAGCGAGGAAGUACGGCAUGUUGGGCCUGUUUAAAGGCCUGGAGGCCAAACUGCUGCAGACGGUGCUGACUGCCGCCCUCAUGUUCCUGCUGUAUGAGAAGAUCUCCAGCUGCACCUUCAGAGUCAUGGGACUGAGCAACAACCACUACAAGAAACACUAGCUAGCAAAAUUGACUGCAUGAAAGCACUGAUGAACCGUAUUAAUCACUGUUUACAGACGCCACGGCGGGGGCACCCUGGGAAUCUGUCACCUGACACUGGAAACACAAAGGUCGCCGUAGUCCGGCUCAGUGCCCUGCGGUCUGCCCGGGUUCUGGAUCCUGGUGGCCUGAAAAGACGAGACUACACACAUCGCUUCUGUCUUCAGUUAAAUAUACACAGACUGAGUUUGCAUGAACAGCGGAGUCAGCAGAAACACGAGCAGUGGGACAAUGAAAGUGUUAGAAGUCCUGAAACAGAUUCACAGUCAUCACAUCAGAGGAAACAACAUCAUGUGUUCAGAAGCUGCUGUUAAGCCUAAAACCUUCAUCCUGUAACUGCUCUACAGUUAAAGUUGUUGUUAAGGAAAAACAGGAUUCUCUUAAUGUGUUGUUGAAGUGAUGAAAAGGAUUGAUAACACUGAAUUCAUACAGUCAUAAACCCGCCGUCCAAGUUUAGAGACAAAGAAACAGCAACGCUUUCGUUUUUCAGGAAAUAGACUGUUUCAUUUUAAGUGUACACACUGUCUCCUCCCACCAACAUUACAUCAUCACAGUCAUUACUGGAAGGAGUAACAGUGAGUUUCAUUAGAACAGAAAUUAAACUGAAUCAAGACUGCAGCUCCUCUUUCACCUGAGCAGGUGAGUCCAGCAGGUGUGUCAGGUGAGCAGGUGAUUGUAGCUGAGCCAGAGAUUCCACAGUCCAGGAGAGGAGACUCACCUCUGGACCUGAACUUGUCGAUAUGUAUCUCACAAAAUCUCAGUAACGCCUCGAUGGAACUUCCUCAAAUUCGGCACAAGCAUUCACUUGGACUCAAGGAUGAACUGAUUACAUUUUGGGGUCAAAGGUCAUAGGUGAAAGUCACGGUGACCUCAGAAAAGACUUUAGCCAUUACUCAAGACUUCACACAGCAACUAUGACAAUUUCACACAAAUGGUUCAUGUUUUCUAUGACUCUGGAUAAACAGGGAUGUAACCUGGAACUAGUCUAAGUGGCGGAGGGAUACGACCACGAGGAGGUGAUUCUAGUUUUUCUUUAUUAUCUUUACAUCUUUACUCUGCCAGACCAACUGGAAACCAUUCAGUUCCUGAAUGACUCAAUAAACACUGAAAUCAACCAACAAUCUGGGCUUUACAACUUUAACCAUUUAAAGACUCUUCUCCUUUCUUUUUUUAAAUUUACAAGCCGGCAUUUGUGAACAGAUUUUUGAAAAAGACAGUUUGGUAUUAACUUCCUUACAAACACCCUAAACAUUACCUCAAGAUAAACCUAAUGACGACUUCAUCUCUAAGCUGGGACGUCACGUCUGCAUCGGGAACUGGGGGCAGGGAGUUGAAACACAAGGGCAUUUAGUUAGAAAGAGAUACACAUUUUAAUAUUAAUAACUGAAGCCAAGUUUUCAAUGCAGGAGUUAAAUUUGCUAAUGUUACUCUGUGGUUUUGCACCUUUCACACAUCCAUAAUUAAACCAGUCCCACCUGAGAUUCACACCCAUACCAACACCAUCAUAGUGUGAUCCAUCCAUCCACACAUGAUUUUUAAAAAACGGCAGCAUCAGUCACCUCUACUGUGAUAAUCAGAUGCUCUCUUUCCUCCCCAUCUGUUAUCAACAAAAAUUAAGCAGUUUCUCUCCAUCUGAUGUAUUUCUGGUACUAAAAAUGCAAAUGCUCAAUGCUCAGCUGACCUGGGUGGGACCAAACAGUUCUCCCCUUUGCUCCCCUCUAACUUACUUUAGGCAGCAUGAGACUUCUUUGAUCUGAAUUUCAGGAUUGAAUUUGAUUAAAAGCAGUUGAGAAUAAAACACAAAAAAAGACUAAUUUCUGCUAUCAAAGGCCCAAGAAAGAAUCACAAAUUUGUUUUAUUGUAAGGUGACCAAAUUUCUGAAGUGAAAACCGUUGGCAUUUCCAGAUUGGCAUCAAAUUAUCAUUAAACUGUCCAAUGUUUUUACCUAUGAUAUAAAAAGGGGGAAAGUCCUGGUUUUGUGUAUUUUGAUCAUGGUAACUGUUGUACUGUAAUAAACUAUUGUGAAGGA